ACAUCAUCAGUUCUUCGUGGACCAUCCAUAACAACCUUAAAUCUAAAUAAACAAGUGUUUCCCAAACAACCUGUUCCUGAUAUUAAGCAAACUGCAGAGCGUUAUUUAAGGUCUUUGAAGCCACUGUUGACUGACAAUGAAUAUAAAAAUACAGAAAGAAUUGUAAAUAAAUUUGUAAGCGACACUGGUGCAGGACCUCGAUUACAUGCUAAAUUACUAGAGAGAUAUGAAAACACUGAUAAUUGGAUGAAGGAAUGGUGGUUGCAAGUUGCAUAUUUAGGAUACCGUUUCCCUGUGAUUGUACAUUCCAAUCCUGGAGUUGUUGGACCACCAGUUACUUUCAACAGACCAGAUGAUAUGUAUGCAUUUGCAGCACGGCUUGUUGCUGGAGUAUGUGAUUUCAAUGAGAUGGUCAAGAGUGGAAAGAUGAAACAAGAAAUGGCACGCAAUGAUCCACUUGAUAUGCAACCUUAUGGCAUGAUACUAGGUACACACAGACAGCCCAAUAAAGUAAUCGAUAAACUGUUGCAUACAGACGAGGCCAAACACAUAAUAAUCAUAAGCAAUAAUCAUUUCUUUAAACUUUGUGUUGUCGAUGAAACCGGCAUUUUAAGUGAGGAUAAGCUCAUGGCUGCUAUAAAAGAUAUCGCAGAUUGCUCGUGUGCGCAAGAAAAGCCUAUAGGAAUUUUAACUGGGAAUGAUAGAGAUACUUGGGCGAAGGACCACGAUUUACUUUUAGAAUUAGGUAACAAUAGAAAUAUAAUCAAGGAUAUAGAAACAUCCUUGUUCAUAUUGUGUCUUGACAAGAAUAUACCUAAGGAUGCUUUUAUAGGAAAGAAUAAUGCUUCAAUUAGAGCAGUUCAAACGAUGACAGGCUUCAACAGCCGCGUAAAUGCGGGUAACAGGUGGCAUGAUAAGACUAUUCAGUACAUUGUAUCCGCUGAUGGUUACAUCGGCAUGGAAUAUGAACACAGUCCAUCUGGGGGUGUUCCAGUUGCCGUCCUUCAUGAUCAUGUGCUAAAAUAUAUAGCAGCAAGGGAAAAUAGUGCAAGGAACGCAAGUCCCAAAGAUUUUCCCAGACCGGAACUUUUGAAAUUCGAGACUAACGACGCCGUAAGUCGUGCAAUUGAUAAAGCUGCUGAUGCGGUGGACAAACUCUCAAGUGACAUAGACAUGGAAUGUUUUAUAUUCGACAAGUUUGGCGCGGACGCGAUAAAAGCGAUUAAACUGAGUCCCGACAGUUUUAUCCAGAUUGCGAUGCAAGUGACGUUCUAUAAUUUAUUGAAAAAACCACCGGCCCACUACGAGAGUGCGGCAUUACGAAGAUUUAUAAAUGCCAGAACGGAAUGCAUAAGGUCCACUAGCACCGAAUCUGUCGAAUUCGCGAAAUUGAUGCUCUACGACGCCGAGUGCGCGAGUAAAGCGCAGAAGAAGGAAAUGCUAAUCAAAGCUAUAAAUGCUCACAAAGAGCUCGCUAGACAAGCAGCCGUGGGUCAAGGUGUCGAUCGGCAUCUGUUUGGCUUGAAAAUGAUAGCACAAAGCGAAGGAAUGGAGCUUCCAGAAUUGUACAAGGAUGUUGGUUACACCAGAAGUACAUAUUUCAAUUUAAUAUCGAGUCAGGUGCCGUUUAAAUCAGCGACGUUUGCGUGCUAUGGACCAGUUGUUCCCGACGGUUACAGUUGCUGUUACAAUCCGCGACCGAAGGAUAUUCUGUUCGCCUGUUCUUCUUUCAAAUCGUGCGAAAAGACAAACACGAGGGAUUUUGCUCGCGUUUUGCAGCAAACACUGUGCGACAUGCGGGACAUUGGAAAUGAAUAGUACAGUUAAGAUCACGCACAGUUAUUUUUAUACGCUUUGUUUACACGGUGGCAAGCAGAACAGGGUAAUUCAAACAAGGCGAAAUAUUUUAUAUACUUUUUUUUUAUUAUGAAUAAUGGGACUUCCGUUUCCGGUGCGAUAGAGUGAGACACGUGGAGUAGAACAAAGUUUUUGGGGUGACGUGAGAAGCGAGAGGAGAGCAGAAGGAGGGGUGAGAGUGAGUGAAGGAGAGAGUGGAGGUGAGAGAGAGAGAGAGUGUGUGAGUGAGGGGAGUACAGGGCGGAGCAGGGAGAAAGGGAAAGGGCAAGGAAAAAGGGGACGGGUUGACAGGCAUAGGACAGGCAUAGAAUAUAGGACAUAGAGACGGGCACAAACGGGAUAGGAAAAGAGAGCAAAGAGUGUAUAGAGAAUAGAAAGCAGUGUUCCGAUUAGGGAUCGGUUGUAUGCGCAUGUGCAGCAAUACGGCGUCAGUAUAGUGUCUCAUACAAGUAAUUAAAUAAGGCACCGUUGCCCCCCUACAUUGAAAAUCUUUAAAGUAAACUGAAAAUAAAAUAUAUACAUAUAUAUAAUAUAUUGUUAUGUAAUAUAUAUUGUUAAAUAUUUUCUAAA